GGGGCUACAGGAGGGGAGUAUAAAGCAGGUGUGGAAAGACAUGCUCAAGAAGAGUCAAUAGUUCAAACCUUUAAUCUUCAAAGUAUCUUGCAGUCUCAUCAAAGACAGGAGUCAUCCGAUCCAGUCGCAGUUCAUCACAACCCUCUAUUCUCUUGAAAGCCCAUCAUGGCCUCGGAUACGCCCUCUACCCAAAAGCGGUUCUACAGUACCUCUUCUCCAUGGGAAGCCAAAUUCGGUUACUAUCGUGCUGUGCGACAUGGCCGGCACAUCUUCGUCUCUGGCUCGACUGCGGCAGACCCGGACUCCCCGCCUGAGGCACCCCGAGUCCGCUUCCCUGGAGACGCGCGCCAGCAAACACGAAUUACCUUGGAGGAGAUCAUUCAGGCUAUCCAGGCGGUAGGUGGCCGAGGCGCAGAAAGUGUAGUACGGUGCCGGAUGUUUGUUAGCAGGAAAGAAGACUGUGGCAUUGUUGGCGAAGCAUUCCGGGAGGUCCUGGGCAAGCACAAUGGUGGCCAAGUCGGGGCCGCCGCAACGAUGAUUGUGGUGGCCAACAGCUUUGUCGAUGACGACAUGCUCGUUGAGAUUGAGGUAGAUGCAAUUGCUGAGGAGGAUUAAUAUGGGCAAGGCGUGGUAAUUUCAUAAAGAACUGUGGUCCGAGGCGAAUCCGCACGUCCUAUCGGGAGGAGAUAUACAGCCAGAGACCAGCUUGACCUAUGCAUCAAUUAAUUGAAAAGACGAA